AUCUGCAGCAGCAGAGACGCGAGUCGACCGAAAACAGCCCGACGGCAACAACCUGGAACUCCGGCAAUUCCUCCACCUCGGACUGUCGCCAGUGACCAACCGGUCAACUGAAUACGGUGUGAAACGGAAUGAAGGAACCUCAAGUCACGACGAACCGAACCGCAAUGGCAAAUACAAAGGAGCGACCGCGGGCCCGGUUUGCUCCUAUACCCAUCGAGACCACUUUCGAGCGAUACCGCAAGACCGUCCCAGCAGGCGAGCUGACACCGAGCCCCUCGCCGCGCUCACCGUCCCCGCCGCCGCCGCGAGAGAAGCGCCGAUUCGCUCCCCAGCUGGUCGAGUCCUCGGUGCGCCGGUCCCGGCGAGCCGGAGACGAGGGCCCCGCCACGAAGCCCACCGACAAGACCGACAUCACCCCUUACACGAACCACAUCUAUGCGCCGAGAGCGCGGAAGCGGUUUGGCCAUGGCGAGGGACUGUCGUCGCAAAAAGGGCAUGGCCGGCGGGAGUCGUGCGACGACGAGAUCGCCGGCGGCGUCUUCGACCUGGUGGCGCGCGAUGCACAUAGCAAGCUCCAGGAGCUGGCCAUGAGCGCCUUCCCCAACAGCGGCCAGAGGACCGGCGGCGCUGAGCACUUCUAUGUGCGCGAGGGAUCCGACGACGACGACCGGCCCCGAGGGAGGCCGCUGACAAGAGGACCGUGGAUGCCCCUGCCCUCGCGCCGGAACUCGUCCGAGGAGGACAUCAGCUGGGCCUUCAAAGAGAUGCAGGAACAUGCCCGGAGGAUCAGCAGGGCGAGGUCCAAGGACCGCAUCGACACGCUGGAGCUCGACCGCAUGAGCAUUGACAGCCCACCGAGCGACGCCAUGGGUCUGACCAGAACCCAGAGAACCUCGAUCGCGAGCUCCCCGCUGUGGACAUCCCGGCCGUCUUCCGACUCGCUGGGCCCGAUCGGCGAGGGCCACAUGCCCCUCCUCCGCGCCGAAUCGCCGCUGCCCGCCAUUGGGGAGUCGACCAUGCCGUAUAUCCCUCCCGAGUCCCCACCGCGCCGCCCUAUCGGGGAGAGUCACAUGCCCUACAUCCCCUCCGCCCCGACCGGCAGGGCCGGCGACAUGCCGUAUGCGCCGGCCUCGCAGUUCCUGCCGGGUCGCCCGCCGGCCUCGCAGAUCCCGCCGGAAACAGGCUUCCGGCAGCCCGCCCCCUUCAUUUCCUACGGCCAAGAGCGCGACUUGUCCCUGGAGCGGGCGCGCCAGCAGCAUCGCCUCCGCCUCAAGUCCUCCUCCCCGCCCUUGCUUGGCCAGGACCUCGUCUUCCGGCUCUGCCCUUCGCCGAAGCAGACCAAGCUGGAACCCGACCACCUCUGGAACAUGGCCACGGGCACGACGGUGGAGGACCACAACCGCGAUCCGACCGAGCAGCACGGCCUCUGGCGCGGCUACUGCUACACCGCCGACCACUCCGAGAAAAUAGCCCCCGCCGAGCGCCCGGCUAUGAUCUCCACCCCGCUGGCGCCGCCCAGCCCGCCCCAGGACGACCCAUUCGCCCGCGAAUUCGCCGGCGCCGCGACCUCCCUCCCCAUUGCCUUCAGCGAGGAGCCCAGCCCGAUGGACGACAGCAGCGGCACCACACCCGCCACCGCCGCCCGCGGCGGGACCCACUCCGUACCCGGACCCGGCGGACCCGGCGGCGGCGGCGGUAUCGUGCCGGAGCACCGCACCAAGAACAAUGAGCCCAAGGGCCUGCACAUGCUGCAGAACAUGGCGCACCUGGACGAGAAGCUGCGGCGCGAGAAAGCCGCGGCCGACCUCGAGGAACAGAUCGCGGCCGAGUUCGACGACCACUUCGUCACGCAGGUGUUCAACUACCUCUCGCUCGGCUACCCGGCCACGGCGCGGCAGUACGACGAGGAGCUGAGCAAGAUCAGCCGCAUCGGCAUCGAGGAGCUGGAGCGCGACGACGAGGCCAUCAUGCAGGGGCUGUGGGGGGGAGGAGGCGACUCCGACGAGGAGGAGGAGGAGGAGGACGGGGUGGAAGACGGGAUGGAUGGGAGGGAUGGAAUCGACGGGGAGGGGGAUGGCGGAGGAGAACGAAACAAGAAGAAGAAGACGAAAAAGAAGAGGGUCAAGGCCACGGGGCAUAUCAUGCUCGACGGUGAGGCCAAGGACGGAGUCAAAGAGGAGGACCGCUGCCAGCGCUGGAAGGCGCUCAAGCUGUACAUCUACGAGUGGGCCCGCCAGCAUCCGGAUCUGAGCACCAUCAGCCCGCUCGCGUGGGGCGUGCGGGAGCGCAGGGGCAGCUGGGGUGUGUGAACACACCCUUCCUUGCCUGUUGGCUUUUCUUUUUCUUUCCAUUUUUUCUUGAUAGGAGCCAAGUGGGCGUUGGGCUGUCUUGCGACGACGACUGGAGGUUUCGCUGCUGCGUCGCUUA